UUUUUAUUUGUCCACUCGCCGCGCAGCAUAAUCCGGAAGCGCCAGCCCAGCCGCUUUCCUAUUGGUCUUACUUCUCACGUGACUUUACACCCACCCUCCGCUGGUUUGGAGGGUUUGCUUCCUGGUUGGUAGGCGAGAGGCCCACGUGUUUGGCCGCCGUGCCUGCCCUGUCUGCUCCCCUAUUGGCUGGACUGCCUUGGUGAGGGCGGAGCUCUCCGCCUGCGGAGCGGAUCCUGCAGACUCUGAGCUUCGGUAACCAGUUCGGCCCCAUGGCGUCCCAGGGUCGCCGUCGGAGGCCGCCGCGGAGGCCCGAGACGGUGGUGCCGGGGGAGGCGGCCGAGACGGAUUCGGAGCUCUCUGCGUCCUCGUCGUCGGAGGAGGAGCUGUACCUGGGUCCCUCGGGCCCGACGCGCGGCCGCCCCACGGGACUGCGGGUGGCCGGGGAGGCCGCGGAGACCGACUCGGACUCGGAGCCGAAGGCCGCGCCGGGGGACCUGCCUCCGCUCGUGGUGCAGCGGGAGAGGACUGCACGCUCCAUGAACGCACCUCUGUUUACCUCCGCAGCCACAGCACCGACCACACUGCGCCACGCGCAGUCCGCGCAGCGAUUUGUGGAAUUUCUGAACCGGUGGAUGACGACCCGCACGUCAGCCUCAUCCGUAGAAACUCCAGCAAGUUGA